AUGGGAAAACCAUCCAAAGAGAGAAAUCAGCGUGCACCCGCUCGAGGACGAGGAAGAGGUAGAGGCGGAGGUGGACAUGCAGUAAGAGGUGGAGGUAGUGGACGACAGAAGGCUAUAGCCAGUAGGAAGCAGGAGGAGGCGGUAGAUGAUGAAGAGGUAUUCAGGAGGGUGAUGGCUGGGGAGUCGGUCGGGGAUGAGGCUUCAUCUUCUAGUGCAUCUGGCUCUGGCUCUGGCUCGGGAUCAUCAUCGGAAGACGAAUCCGAUGACCAAAGUGGAGACGCAGACGACAAAGAGGAAGAAGAUGCAGAGGAAGAAGAUCAGACGAUAGAUAUAGACGUUCCUGUGGCAAUGUGGGAUUUCGAUCAUUGUGAUCCCCGACGAUGCUCGGGUAAGAAGUUGGCCAGACAUGGAUUGAUCAAUGCUAUGAGGGUUGGACAGAGGUUCAGGGGUAUUGUAUUGACACCAAAAGGUAAAAAACCAAUAUCACCUUCCGACGACGAGAUUGUCCAGAUGAGCGGAUUGGCAGUCGUGGAAUGUAGUUGGGCGAGACUGGAUGAAGUUCCUUUCAAUAAGAUAAAAUCACCGUAUGAGAGGUUAUUACCCUUUCUCAUAGCUAGUAAUCCAGUGAAUUACGGUAAACCAUGGAGACUGAAUUGCGUAGAAGCUCUUGCUGCUGGAUUUUACAUCACUGGACAUGAUGACUGGGCGGAAAUAUUACUCAGCAAAUUCUCAUGGGGUCAUUCAUUCUAUAAACUGAAUGGACACCUAAUCGAGAGAUACAGGACAUGCCACACCUCUGAAGAAAUCCAGGAGAUGGCAGAAUUGAUACAGAAGGAAAUGGCCGAUGAGCGAGAACAGCGUCAGUUGGAGAAACAGGCUCAUGAAGGUGAAGAUCUCCUACGUGCGAACCCCAAUCACGUAGGCAACGAAUGGGACGAUGAGGAAGUACCGGAUUUGGUGGAAGUCAGUAAUAGUGAGGAUGAGAGGGAUGAUGUAGAAGUGUUGAUUCAGGGGAUAGAUAACACUAAGAUAUCUGCUUGA